CCAAUUGGGUCAGGAGGACUAUGUGAGAGGGGGGUGAGUUUCUUUCAUCUCAAGAGCCCAGCCACUCAGGAGAAUGGACGCUGCAAAUGGACGCUGCCCCUGAGGCAAAAAAAGCGCAGUACCGGUUCUUUUAUGAAAAAGCGUUGAAGAGGGAAGAGGAAGAGAAGGAGAAGGAGAGGGGAGACAAAGUAAGGACUCAUGAAGCCGUCUUCAGUACCGUGCCCGCCGCCUUAACUAAUGUUGAGGUGGAAGAGAAGACCGUCCCACUCCUCAGGGCUUCAAUAGAUGCCGGGGCUGUUGAAAACCAUACCGACCAACUCGCAAACGUGUUUGAUGAACUAAAGAAGUCGCGAGAGGAUAUGGCCCUGAUGGCGCACCAACACCGUGACCAGCUGCAACAUUUUGCUAACAAGCAGCCAGCCCAAACUGUCCUUCCAUCUGCUUACCCUGCUUCUAGUGUUGCGUGUCAGUCCGUUUGUGCCCCUUUAACUGUGUCUUCUUCUUCUUCUUCUUCUUCUCUGAGUGUGGUCAACAGCCUAUCUGGAUCUGCAGCAGGUCCAAACCUCGUUGUUGCUGCUGCUACUGCUGCUGCUGCAGUGUCAACUGGCAGUGCAGGGCAUUCUAGAACUCUUGCAGCCCUGAAUUCGGGCCCAGCAAUCGCUGGUCCCAGCUGCAGCUUUCCCUACGUGGACAGGAAGGCAGCACAUAUUUCGUCUAAGUAUGACGGAAAAGACGACAUCGAAUCUUGGAUGAGCUCCAUGCGAUCCUACUUUGAUGUGCGAGGGACACCCCCGGUUACUCAAUCGUUGGUCCUAGGGACCAAUGUGGAGCCCGCCGUAAGGGGCUUCUUAGAAGUCCAAGCUGUACAGUCAGGCUAUAAAAGAAUAGACCUAGCCAAAUGGCUGAAGGCUAUGCCAAGAGCCACACUCGAGGAUCUCUUGAUCAAGCAAUAUGCUGAUCCGCAUGCUACAGCCAAAGGUAGACUCAAGCUUGACAAGCUCGAGCACAACAAGUGGACCAGCACCAUGCAUAGUCUGCAACAGUACGUUAGUAAACUUUUUGCUACUCCUGAUCUGGAGAUGACUGCGCAAUCUUGCUUGGAUGUGAUUAAAAGCACAGUUCCCUCUACUGUAACACAUCGCCUGGGGCUCAGACUCAUAGCAGAUACAAAUUGGCUUUCCCUCAUGCGGGAUUUAGUCGAGCUCGAGGCACAAGACCUCCGGGGUGGAUCGGGUGGCAAAAAGACCACCAGCCACAAACGGUUUCCGGGCAGCAACCGUUUUGCAGCGCACGAUCAACUCGAUGUUGACGUGGAGACCUUCGCAGAAGAACCUUCGCUUGGUGACGAUCAAGAGCAAGACUGCGAGGCAUCUUGCUCUUCGUCAGCCCAUGAGUCCAAUUAUGUGGAUGAUGAUGAAUGCGAGGCCAAGGCCCCGAUGAGCCCCUUUUGGCUCUGUUAUGCAGCACUAACCACGGACACCAGUCAAUAUGGCAUUGGUGCCGUACUUGCGCAACAGGAGGGGAAAAAGUUAAGGCUUGUCAUGUACAUGUCUAAGAAGAUGCCGUCUCAGAAGUUGGCCAAGCCUCUGACCAAUUGGAGGCACUAUCUCCUUGGGAGGUUCUUCAUCCUCAGGGGUUAUCAUCAGACCUUGAGAUGGAUGAGAACUCAGUCGGAGCUCUCUGACACUCUGAAGCGUUGGAUCGAAGUCAUUGAGCAAUAUGACUUUGACCCGCAGUAUCUGAAAGGGGAGUACAACAAGGUUGUUGAUGCCUUGUCGCGUAGACCUGAUUUCUCAGGUGCGCUGAUUACUGAGUUCGACCUUACGGACGAUGUUACUCGCUCUUUGGUGGAAGCCUAUCGUGAGGACCAGUUUAUGUCUGAGAUCAUACGCAAACUUGAGGCGAAGGAUAAGAAGACUUCUGCCGAGUUUGAGUUUAUCAACGGGUUGUUGUUCCUUGAGAAGGAAGGGAAUAAACGGACAUCAGCCCAAAACACCACAGUCCUUACUGGCGUUCAGUACAACAGUCCCGUAGUGGACAAGAGGGCGGCCACUCUGCCGUCCAAGUACGACGGGAAAGCGGACAUCACCUCUUGGAUUAGUUCCAUGCGGUCAUACUUCGAGGUCAUGCAGACACCGCAAGAGGACCGAAGCAUGAUCAUGGGGACUAAUACCGAGCCCGCCGUACAAAACCACAUUGAGCUCCAAGCUGUUGCUGCAGGUUAUGAAAGAAUUGACCUGACUGAGUGGCUGAAAGUAACCCCUGUACGCACCCUUGAGGACCUUCUCAUCACACGGUACCAAGACAAGCAUGCUGCGCUCAAGGCUAGGCUGAAGCUUGAGGCCCUCAAGGGCCAAACAUGGAGGUCAUCCAUGCAAGCUUUGGAACAGCACUUGACUGGUCUGUUCACCACUCCAGAUCUGGGAAUGACUGACGUGUCUUGUACGGAUGUGGUCAUGGGAGUGGCCCCUAAAGAAUACCUGUCCCUGUUGGAACUCAAAGACCAUACCACCUGGCGAAAGCUCAUGACGGAUCUAGUCAACCUAGAGGCCAAGGACCUCGCCAGGCGGAAGAAGGCGCCCGCUGCAGGUGGGAAACCACAACGCAAGCGGUUUGGAAGCAGCAACCAGCUUGCACUGCAUCAGUCCUACACGAAUGAUCUGUCUCUAGAUGACGAUCUAGAGCCGGACUCCGGUAUGGGCUGUUCCUCAUCAGCCAUUGAGUCUGACAUAAACAAAGAUGAAAAACUUAAUGCUUUUAGAAAGACUGCUUCAAACAAGGGGCCUAACCGUGGUUCAGGUGUGCGCGCCACCUUUGACAAGGACCGCACUGUCACACAUGAGCUCAACUUCUAUGUCAUGGACAAGUGUUCAUUCGACGCGGUCAUUGGCUUGGGCUGGUUAAAGGCUCAUUGCCCAAGGACCACGUGGGCGGACAACCAGUUCGUGGUGCGUGAUGCCAAGGGGAACGAGCUUACCGUCCUAUUGGAUGAGACGUGCGAGUCCCCUGUGACUCUUCUAAGUGCAACCAAAUUCUGCAAAUCAGUGCGCAGGCGCAAGGAGAUUGAGCAUGUACAUGUAGCUUUUGUAAAGCUUAUCCAUGUGCCUUCUACUUUUGCUGCGUUUUCUACCUCGGUAAGUAACUCUACUUCUAAUCAAUCUUCUUCUACUGUGAAUAAUCCUUCUACUUCUAAUCCAAGUACUUCUAAUCCGGUUGUCAUUGCUGUAAAUUCUCAGUCUAAUUUUCUUUCUCUUGAUGAGGAUGAUCCACCACCGGAAGUCCCAACAAACAUUCGCCAGCUAUUAGAUCGAUUCCCCGAAGUUUUGGUCGAACCUCGUGGAGUUCCCGAGCGUCCGGUCAAACACAAAAUCGAGAUAAUAGAGGGGAGUGUUCCUCCAAAGGGAUGCGUCUACCGUAUGGGACAAGGCGAGUUGGAGGAGUUCAGGAGGCAGAUUGAUGAUAUGAUUGACCGUGGAUGGAUUAGGCCCAGUGAGUCUGAAGUCGGUGCACCUGUCCUGUUUGUGCCAAAGAAAGGAGGCAAACUCCGGAUGUAUAUUGACUAUCGUGGCCUUAAUCGGAUCACAAGAAAGAAUGCUUACCCUUUGCCUCGCAUAGAUGAUCUGCUAGAUGCGGCAGGUGGGUGCAAGGUCUUCUCCAAGAUCGACCUCAAAUCUGGUUACUACCAGAUUGAAGUUGAUCCGAGCGACCAGCACAAGACUGCAUUCAAAACACGCGAUGGGCUGUACGAGUUCAUCGUUAUGCCCUUCGGUCUUACGAAUGCACCGGCCACAUUUCAGUGCCUCAUGGACAAGGUACUUCGCCAUCAACUCAACAGGAAACUGAAGGAGGAUCUGGUCGAACACACCGCCAAGGAUCCGGACCUUAGUCCCAUUUUUGAGCAGCUCACAGCAGACCCUAAUAGUCAGCCUGAUUUUCAUGAAUGUGAGGGUCUUGUGCUCCGCCGGUAUGGGAAAUUUGAUCGUUUGUGUGUACCCAACCAUGCGCCUCUCCGAACUCAUUUCUUGGAUUUGGCACAUGGUCGGAGUGGACAUUUCGGCUUUGCGAAGACUUAUGGAAGUCUUCUGCAGCAGUUUGAUUGGCCAGGCAUGAAAGGAUCUGCUCAGAAAUUUAUUGCUGAAUGUCAGGUAUGUCAAAGAACAAAGGUCCACAGGCAUAAGCCUUAUGGCCUGCUGAGACCUCUCCCCAUUCCUGAUGGACCCGGUGAGUCGAUUUCCAUCGACUUCACGGACAUGGGAAAGGUGAGUGAGGCUGGAAAUUCACUAGUCAUGGUCAUCGUGGAUCGUUUUUCCAAAAUUUUGAACUUGAUUCCUUUCCCUCCCCAUACCCCGACUGAACUUGUCAUUGAAGAAUUCCAUCAGCAGUACAUUCUGCAGUUUGGCGUCCCGAAGACUAUUGUGAGUUAUCGGGACACCAGAUUCAUCAACAAAGAUUGGAAGGACUUCACCUCUCAAAUCUAUGACAUUAAACUGAACAAGACUUCUGGUCGACACCCCGAAGCCAAUGGAUUGGCAGAGGAGAUCAACCAGACUGUCAUCCAACUACUUCGCGCAUUGAUUGUGCCAGAUCAGAACACGUGGGACAAGGAGCUGCACAAAGUGAAGGGACUGUAUAACUCCAUCCACUCUGCAACUGGCGUGAUGCCAAACCAGUUGCAAUCUGGAUGGCCGAUGUGUAAUCCCCUCUCCUAUCUGUUCCCCGAACGGUCACUUGGUCUGAUGCCCGACAUGCCUGGCUACAAUGCCAAGUACGCACGCUUGCUCAAAGCUGUUAUUGCAGCCAUGAACAAGCGCCAACAUGCCAUGAACAAACAUGCCAACAAGUUGCAUCUCAGACUUACAUUCGCAGUGACUACGGAUGCAAGCUUGUAUGGGAUUGGUGCAGUGCUGCAACAAGAGGAUGGUGACGGCUUACGUCCGCUUGAGUACUACAGCAAACGCAUGCCCAGUCAUAAGGUAACUGCCUCCACUUACAUGCGAGAACUAUAUGCCUUGAGAAAACACUACCUCUUGGGUCGCCAUUUCAAAGUGUUCUCAGACCGCAAGACUUUGAAAUGGAUCCAGACACAGAUUAAUCCAUCAACUACAUUCACCCGUUGGCUACAUGAGACUGAUGUGUAUGAUUUUGAACUUAACCACAAGAAAGGAGGUUACAAUCGCGUUGCGGAUGCUUUGUCGCGCCACCCUGAGUACAUGACUUGCCUUGUGGGUUCCUAUGAUCUCCAUAAGAAUUUGGAGGAGGAACUAGUUGAGCAUACUGCCAAGGACCCGGAACUCAAUCCCAUCCUUGAGCAGAUCCAAGCUGACCCUAGCAGUCAGCCUGAUUUCCAUGAGUGUAAAGGUGUGCUCUUCCGACGUUACGUGAAGUACAACCGACUGUGUGUACCCAACCAGGAGCCCAUCCGUACUCACUUCUUGGACUUGGCUCAUGGCCGGAGUGGACACUUCGGUUUCGAGAAGACAUACGGAAGUCUAUUGCCAAAAUUUGUAUGGCCUGGGAUGAAAGGAAUGGCACGAAAGUUUGUGGUUGAGUGUAAAGUUUGCCAACGCAUCAAACCUUCUCGGCAAAAGCCCUAUGGGCUGCUACAUCCUCUUCCUAUCCCUGAUGGUCCGGGUGAGUCUCUUUCCAUCGACUUCACGGACAUGGGAAAGAAGAGCAGGAACGGACAUUCGCAAGUAAUGGUGAUCAUUUACCGCUUUUCUAAAUUUUUGAAUUUGAUUCCAUUGCCACCUCACGCCCCAACUAACCUUGUGAUCGAGGAGUUUAACAAGAGGUAUAUUCUGCAAUGCGGGCCCCCGAAGACUCUUCAGCAGGUAAGCGGCGACAAGGCUGUUGAUGGCAACACCGACGGUGGUGCGGAAACGCUGCCGGAUUUUUGCGGCGGCAACUCUAGUUUUAACAGCGGUGGUGCGGAAACAUUGCCGGAUUUUUGCGGCGGCGACUCUAGUUUUAACGGCGGCGGUGCGAAAACGCUGCCGGAUUUCUGCGGCGGCGACUCUGGUUUUAACGGCGGUGGUGCCGAAGCGCUACCGGAUUUUUGCAGCGACGACACUGGUUUCACGACAGUGACGGCAAUAUUUUGCACUGAGUGGAGGUGGCGCAUUGGCACAGAGAAGGUGCCGCCAAAGUAUUGGAGGCGAGUGGCGGUAACGUGAAGGCGCCGCCAGACUGUUGGAAGGUGAUUGUGUAUUGAGAGGGUAUUGUGGCAGGCGGUCGUCACAAAGGAGUGGGGCAGAUCACUUUGCUGACGAUUGGUUGCGACAACCUUCUCAUCUAGGGCGUGAACCUAUACGGCUUUCUUGGGUGUGCCGUUCAACUUCACUCAAGGUAGGUAGAAGGAUGCCUGCAAAGGAGAUUGAUUAUGCCUAAUUGAGAAAAGGGAAAAUGAUUGUCUUCCUUUUACUUCUCACAUGCGUGCAUGCUAACAAUGAUUCGUUAUUUUAAAAACGUUAAUUAUGUGUGUACCGUAGAAUGAAUUCGAUUGAAAUAA